AUGUCCUCAUCUGCACGGCUGAAGUACCGGAUCGUCAAAUGCACCUCCGAGGACCCCGAGUAUCCAGCGUCCGAGCUCCUGACGCAUUCAUCCCAGACCAAGGGAUGGCAGACCGCUCGCUUCUGCGACUUCCCGCAGGAGAUAGGGCUGCAGUUCGAGACGCCAGUUCACUUGCGGCAGGUGCAGUUCUUGUCUCAUCAGAGUAAGAUAGCGACAAAGAUCGACCUCUACACGGCGAUGCCUGCUGCAGGCCAAGCCUCUACCUACGAUGCUUUGAGCUUCAAAAGGUUAGGCUACCUGUCGCUGGAUAGUAAUGAGCGCUCCCAGUUUCAAGCUCGGGAGCUGAAAAGUGUGUAUGUUGACGUUUCUGCACAGUACAUGAAGAUCUUGUUUCACAAGUGCCAUGUCAACCGGUACAACAUCGUGAACCAGGUUGGCCUCAUAGCGCUGAACUGCUUGGGCGAGGCACUAGGGCCUGACCUGGCAAUGGGACCCCCGCCUCCCAACCCAGCGCUGGCGCGAGGGCCAACGAACGGCUACCAGCCGCCGCAAGCAUCGUCGCCUCCACCACCACAGCCGUCCGUGCAGGAUGCUGCACAGGCUGCAGCAGAUGAAAUGCGAUACGAUGCUCAGACAUUGGAGCGAAUCCGCUCUUUGUCGAACGCGAAGGCGAGAGCCGUUGAUGCCGAGGACUACGAGGAGGCGAAGCGUUGCAAAGAGAUGCUCGCCAGGCUGCGCCAGACCGGCCUCCUACUCCGCGAGCUUGAGGACCGGAAGAAGGCAGCGGUACAAAACGAAGAUUAUGAUGCCGCCAAAGCUCUGAAAAGCGAGAUCGAUCGGCUUCGUAGUGCAAUCGAGCGGCCAGAGGUACGGGCUGAGCGACCGCAUUCCGGAAGGAGUGCACGCAGCAACAGCCUCGGGCCGAACAGCCGCGCCGGUGCCGGAAGCCCCGAUUUUGCCAGCCACCACAGCGCCCCUCGUGGUGGACACCAGCCACAAAUGGUUCCGCUGAGUCAGGACAGCGAGGCAGUGGCGCAAGCACCACCUUCUCGUGGCAAGCGCUCACCCUCUCCGAGUCUUCCGGCUUUCCCGUUGGAGGAGGGCUACCAGGCCGAAGUCCCGAGACGAGAGGCGGCCAACUCUCCGCCUUUGCCAGCCGCGGGCGGGGCGCGAGUGGCGCGAACUCCACCCCUUUCCGGUAUGGCCUCUGCACGGAGCGCUCCUAAGGAGCUGCCACCGGAGCAGCCGCCGCUGUCUGAGCGCGGCUUUGAUGCAGCUGACCAUCCACUGAGCGGCGUGCCCAACGUGGAGGACCUCAGCCAGCCUGAGCCGCUGAACAGCAACUUCCAAAAGGAAGCGGAGCCGCUCAUCCAGCUGUUCGGCGAGUACCUCACAAACUGUGUCUAUUCCAAGGCAUGGAGCUUGCGAGAUGCUGCGCUGCAGAAACUAACACUGGAUCUGCAAAACGGCGAGCACCAGUCGACGGAUCAGAGCCGGCUGCUUGCAGGCUACGUGAUCGUGCUGAAGAGGAUGGUGCCGGACAAGAAUGUUCAGGUCGAAGCAGAAUGUCUGGCAGCAGCGACUGCCGCUGUUUGUCACGAGGUGUUCCUUGCUGCAGCGGCGCUGCUGCACACGGUCUGCCAGGCCAGGCCAGUGAUCCGCAAAAUUUGCCGGGCUGCGGCGGGCUGCGGGCUUGCAAUUCCCAGGAGCUCUUGGGCCGCUCCGGGCCCAGGCGUGCGGAGGCCAGAGACAGGGCGGCAGGGCGGCAACGUGUACUGGCGCACGACUCUAGAACCAGAACAUGCCAGCGGUAAUGUUGCAGGUCUCUAG